GUCAAGUCAUUGCAUUGGUAGGUUCCAGCCUCCAGCACCUAUCAUAUCCAGGUUGACUUCCAAAUGUUGUUGCAGUGAUUUGUCACCUGACCAAGCAAUACCUAGGGUGGUAGGUAAUCAUACUUCGGGUCUUCGCGCUUUGAAUAGGGACCAAGAAAACAUGCUGGGUGGAGGCGAAGGCGAUUGAUGAGCGAAAAAGAGCAGGGGAAAAGAAAGAAAACUUUUUCCAUCUUCUCCCCUUUUGAGUUGCCACUUCUCUUGAUGGGGAAUCCAUAAUAACUAAAUCCAUUCCAUAAGACCCUUAGCAUGUUUCGCUGCAUGCUUCUGGAUUCUCGGCCAGGCUGCUCGGCAAGACUCCGGGCUCACUUGCGGCUCGGCUGCUGCGGCCGCGGCUGCUUCAGUCCCUCGGAUGAUCGACGGUGGGCCCGGUGAUGAUAGUGUACACCAAUUUCCCCCCUUCUUUCUUGAUUCUUCCAUCCUCUAUCUGCGGCGUCCUGUGCUUCUCUCGUCUUUGAGCAUCUUUUCCUUUUCCUUCCUUCAUGUGCUUAUUUACUUUAUUCGCAGCGUCAUCCAGAUUUGUGUAUGUGUGAGGCGGGGUGUGUGUUGCUGUUACGGAUUGUUAAAUGCAACAACUUACCUCUACUAUGAAGGUGGGCUCGUUGGAGACCGAGCAUUUGAUAUGGUGGGUCCUUGAGGUUAUAUUCGGCUCCGGCCGGUGGGGGCUGGGCGGGUUUUUCACAAACCGUACGGAGGUACUUCCCUCCGUAGCUGUUCGUCAAGUGUAUAUUGGUUUUCGUCUGGGUUAGCAGCAAUAUCAAGCCGAAGCUAUUAGGAUUAGGACAUUUCAAAAAAGAUAUAUAUACUAUGUACUGG